GUUGACACGACCCGCGUUCCCGCGUAGUCUCUUAGUCGUAUUUGUAGUCCGGAAGUAAGAUAGAGACGCAGCUGGCAGCCUCUCCAUGAUUGUAACAAGAGAGCAGGUUAGCGUGUCACUCCAUCUCCACGCUGCAGCUACGCCUCUCGCCUGUCUCUUCAGCGGCGGCAGCAGUGUAGUAGUAAAUCUGCCUGCCGCGCACCGAGCUCGCAUUUUGUGUCACGGUGCCACCGGGAGAGGGGCGACAAGACCGCUGCGCGUCCGGGGAUACCAGUCACCAUCCGCCAAGGUUCAAGCGACACCCCGCUACGGGCAAUGACAUUUGUGGACUGAAGCGGGAAUAUACGAGAAAACGCAAAAAUGACGGUGGACUUUGAAGAAUGUAUAAAAGAUUCACCCCGAUUCAGGGCUGGCAUUGACGAUGUGGAGACAGAUGUGGUGGAGAUCGAGGCGAAGCUCGACAAGCUGGUGAAGCUGUGCAGCGGGAUGAUCGAGGCUGGCAGGGCCUACGUCAGCGCCAACAAGCUCUUCGUCAACGGCAUCAAGGACCUGUCCCAGCAGUGCAAGAAAGAGGAGAUGAUAUCGGAAUGUCUUGAAAAGUGUGGGGAAAGCCUUCAGGAGAUCGUCAACUACCACAUGAUUUUGUUCGACCAGGCUCAGAGGUCGAUCAAGCAGCAGCUUCACACCUUCAUUAAAGAGGAUGUGCGUAAAUUCAAAGACACCAAGAAGCAGUUUGACCGGGUGCGCGAGGACAUGGAGCUGGCCCAGGUGAAGAACGCCCAGGCGCCCAGGAACAAGGUCCAUGAGGCAGAGGAGGCCACGCAGGCCCUCAUCCUCAGUCGCAAAGCCUUCAGGCACCUGGCACUAGACUAUGUGCUACAGAUUAAUGUUCUACAGGCUAAGAAGAAGUUUGAAAUUCUGGAUGCAAUGUUGUCCUUCAUGCGAGCUCAGUACACUCUGUUCCAACAAGGCUUUAACAUCUUAGAUGAGAUUGACCCCUACAUGAAAAAACUGGCUGCACAGCUGGAUCAGCUGGUCAUCGACUCAGCCAUGGAGAAGCGAGAGAUGGAGCACAAGCAUGCCCUCAUCCAGCAGAGAACUCUGAUGCAGGACUUUUCCUAUGAUGACCCCAAGUUGGAAUUCAAUGUGGAUGCACCCAAUGGUGUGGUCAUGGAGGGCUACCUCUUCAAGAGAGCCAGCAACGCUUUCAAGACCUGGAACAGGCGGUGGUUUUCUAUACAAAACAGCCAGCUGGUCUACCAAAAGAAACUCAAGGAUUCCUUGACAGUGGUGGUGGAGGAUCUGAGGCUGUGCUCGGUCAAACCGUGUGAAGACAAUGAGAGGAGGUUCUGCUUUGAGGUGGUUUCACCCACCAAGAGCUGUAUGCUGCAGGCUGAGUCUGAGAAGCUGCGGCAAGCUUGGAUCCAGGCGGUCCAGGCAAGCAUUGCCUCUGCGUACAAAGACAUCAGCGACAAUUACUACAUUGAGCGCUUGGACCGGACGGCCUCGCCCUCCACCAGCAGCAUCGACUCUGCCAGCGAGCCCAGAGAGAGAGGGGAGAGGGCUGAUAGGGGAGUGAGGGGAGGGGGCGAGAGCCUCCUCCAGAGGGUACAGAGCCUGCCAGGCAACGAGCUGUGCUGCGACUGCGGCCAGACAGCUCCGUGCUGGGCCUCCAUCAACCUGGGAGUGCUGCUCUGCAUCGAGUGCUCGGGGAUCCACAGGAGUUUAGGCGUCCAUUGCUCUAAAGUGCGUUCACUGACGUUAGACUCGUGGGAGCCGGAGUUACUCAAGCUGAUGUGUGAACUGGGAAACACUGUGAUUAACCACAUUUAUGAGGGAAGCUGUGAGGAACUAGGAGCAAAAAAACCUGGACCGUCCAGUUCAAGGCAAGAGAAAGAAGCUUGGAUCAAGUCCAAGUAUGUGGAGAAACGCUUUCUGAAGAAAAUGAGUGGCAGUGAGUCACUGGUGGAGGGCGAAAGGAAGUCCCGACCCUGGACAGUGAAGAAGUGCCAGCGACACAACAGCUCUGUUCGGGCCCCCAACAAGGCCCGAAGGAAAUACCACCGCUACGAGCCAGGCAGCGCCUCGCCUGCAAACCUCUCAGCAGCAGCGGCAGCAAAGUUUCGCCGGGACUCCCUAUUCUGUCCAGAUGAGCUGGACUCACUAUUUUCCUACUUCGACACCGGCUCUGGUCCUCGCAGUCUUAGCAGCGACAGCGGCCUGGGAGGAAGUACAGACGGCAGCACUGACAUCCUGGUUUUUGGCUCGGUGGUGGAUAGUGUCACAGAAGAAGAGGAGGAGUCUGAGGAGUCAUCCAGCGGUGAGGUGGAGAUCGAGCAGGAGAUGUCCUCGGACCCCGAGGAUCAGAGGGAACUGCACCCCGGGGCGCUCCUCCACCGGUCCUCGCGCCUGCACAACCUGCCGCUCAUGGCCGAGGCGCUGGCACACGGCGCUGACGUGCAUGCGGCAAGUGAGGAGGAGGAGGGGAAAACGCCACUCAUACAGGCCGUGAUCGGGGGCUCUCUGAUAGCUUGUGAGUUCCUGCUACAGAACGGAGCCGACGUGAACCAGAGGGACAUGAGGGGCAGAGGCCCCCUGCACCAUGCCACCUAUCUGGGGCGAACUGGUCAGGUGUGUCUGUUUCUGAAGAGAGGAGCAUCACAGACGGAGGUGGAUGAGCAGGGUCACGACCCCUUAAGUAUUGCUGUCCAGGCCGCCAAUGCAGACAUCGUCACCCUAUUGCGUCUGGCGCGGAUGAACGAGGAGAUGCGAGAGGCUGAGGCUCCGCUUGGUCAACCAGGUCAAUACCCCAGCAGCAGCCCCACUGAGCAGCAGUAUAGGAAGUGCAUCCAGGAAUUCAUCUGCCUCACCAUAGACGAAUGCUAGUCACUCCUGUGUCCAGGAGCAUAGCUUGUGCUCUAUACAUAUAUACAUACUCUCUCUCUCUCUCUCUCUCUCUCUCUAUAUAUAUAUAUAUAUAUAUAUAUAUAUAUAUAUAAUGUUAGGUUCCCAGUCAGAAGGAAUAUAUAUAUAUAUAUAUAUAUAUAUAUAUAUAUAUAUAUAUAUAUAUAUAUAUAUAUAUAUAUAUAUAUUCAUAACCGAACAUAAUUGUGUAGACAAAGUUGCCCCUAGACACUGAUCUCAAGUCUGUUACUCACAUAGAUCUAGGCUUAUGGGAAACUUCUCUGGGGCCAUCUGAGAAGAGAGGACAGUACCACUUGCUUAUUGUAGGGGGGUGCGUUGUGUCAUAGGGAGACCCCUGAUGGACCUUUUUAACUCUACUGACAAUACUAGCCACCACCACCCAUUUCUAGGAUCACCACUACAUUUCUGCUUGCCAUUACUCAGCACCACCCAUGCUAUGCUAUGCCAGCUACAUCACACACACACACAGUAAAAAAAUGACUUUUUGGUGUUUUGCUAACAAGGUUAUCCUAUUAUCAUAAUGUGGUGUAACCUCUUGUGUGAGGGUGUGGGGGUACUAUUGCCUAACAGCUCUUACCUCUGAAGAAUUUUGCUGCAUUAACCCCCAUACACUAUCUAUCCAAACCAUCCAUGUGACAUCCAACUUACCCAUCGCUUCUUAAUCGGAGAUGUAAAUAUACGUAUUCAGAAGAUAUAUGGGUAAUCUUUUAACUAUGUGCUGUGGCAUGAGGUGAAAAAAAAUGGUAUUUGUUCCAUUACUUAAAGAAAAAAGAGUAACUGACAAGCUGCAGUAGAGGUGGGCAGGGUAGUUUACUGUGUAUAAAGAGGGGUCAGGAAGGGAAAUUUAAUGUAAAACUGUGACAAAAAUACUGAAGGGCUUGUGUGGGGGUGGGGGGUGGAUGGUGGGGGGGGGCGACCCUCACUCGCUUUCUAAGAUACUUUGUGACAUGAUGAGUGAGUGAGUGAGUGAACAGGAGAAUAAAUGAGCGCAUGAGUCAAAGAAUACUGAGAGACAGAGUUAAAUAAUAUGAUAUUAUCAUACGUUAUGUAAAGGAAAAAAAGAAAGAAACUGUGCACUUUUCCCAUCUACAGUAUUAUAAUUUCUAUUUUCAUUCAGUCAGCGUGACUUUUAUUUUUUUAUUUUUUAAAUUGUUCUUGUCCGCUCAAGUUAUUGUAUAUCUAUCUAUUGUCUUUUUUUCUUUUAUUUAUGUUUUGUCUCCCCAGAGGACCAGUGCAAUGCAUUCUUGGGUGCAGUUUUCACCUGCAUUUCUGUUAAUGAUUGUCAUUUUAAUCUGAAAGCAUUACUUGGAAUUUAUGACAGGAAGUCUUUAGAUUAUGUCAUGUAAUACUACUCGUAAAAGACAGUUUGCUUUCAUUUUCGCUUUAGAAUGGCCUUAGAUUGCUAUCGGUGCAGUUAUUUGGCAUUUAAACAAACCACCGAAAGAGAUUUUACUGGCUUAACCGUAGAAAUUGUAGUUACAGUGUAUCAUUUUAUAAAUUAACUGCAGUCAUUUGUUGGUUACAAGUGAGGAUGAUAACUAAAGGUGUGUAAAGGUGAUGUGGAGACAAACCAGAGCAGUUAGCACUGCAGUGAGGGAGCGUAUAAAACUGGAUUUACAUCUUCAUCCUCAAACAGUUCCUCUGUUCACUGCUAUUUACAGACUCAUGGGUGUAUAACCAUAGCUCAGUUUUGUUGUAAAUUAGUAUCUGUGGUGAGAUUAUGGAGCACAUUUCUUCAGAACAGUUUACACAUUGGUGGGGUCAAAGGUUGUAUAUUUCUGGCUUCCCUCACUGGUCAAACGCUGACAGUGUCCUCUGCAUGCUUUGCCAGAAUUCUUUUUUGGGGGGAGAAGUUCAACAUCAUUUGCAUUAUGAGCAUGAUGAAAUAAUCUUAUUAUGGUUUGAUCACAUCGUGCAGUGCAGUCCUGUGGAAUAAGCGCAUGUACCACCGUGACCCCUCUGGUGUCAGACGUUUUCUUCCUUUUUGCACUUCUGUGCCAUCCUUCCAUCCAUGGACCAAAUCUGUGGUGACUUCCUCCUUCCUGUUUAUUUUUUUCAGUAGGAGUAAUUUUGUUGUAAUGUUGUGGUUUUAUUUUCCUCUGCCAAAGACUUUUUAAAGGGAAAGUGUCUGACAUUGUUGUAUGAUAUCACCGUUUUCUUUUUUAAAUAACUGAAACUGUUCAGAGUAGAUACAGCAUAGUCUUACCAUGCUUUGUGAAGUGACAGAGUGGUAGAAACACUGUUGGUGUACUCACAUGUUCAAAAGAGGUUACAGAAAUGUGACUGACCCUGAGAGAUUUCAAUACGACCGGUAAUAUUCUGCAAUAGUUCGAUGUACUGCAAGUAGAACCAGUCUAGGGAGGGGGUGAUGUGAAGCUACUGUGACCAAACUGUUAAGGGCCCCACCCCAUAGUGGAAGUAUUAAAUGUUGUGUCCAUUGUGUGUAUUGACAUAGGAGUGGUUAAAGGUGCUGUUCAAAGCAAACAUGCUGUAAAUAGUACACUUGUGUAUUUUAACUCCAAGCCGACUGCCUGCCUCUCAGCAUUCAAUCACAGAUCCUGACUGUCUGAUCUGUUUUAUGUUUGUCUUUUUAUUCUCUUCCAAGACAAAAGAAAAAAAAACCUGUCAGGCAGAACAUAGUUCUGUAUUACUUGGAGGUGUUCUUCUGUUCACUGACAUUUGGAUAUCUUUGGAAUACUUCUUCCUUGUCUUUAGAAGCACUGAGGGGGGGAAAGAAAACAAAAUGCAUACAAUAAAACUGAGAAACUCUUGAUGAACUAA